AAUCCCCCAUAAAAGCUGCCUCUAGAAUGACCGCGUGAUACUCAGCAGAGGUGACGUUAGUUAAGCUGGAAUCUGAGAAGAUUCUUGAUUCUCCUGUGGACCCCUGUAAAUUCCUCAACAACUUCUUCCCCUUUAUACGCGCAACCAAAACGACUCCUGUAACUGGUCAGCAAGCCAGCCAGCCUGAGAACACCCCAUUACCAGGCUUCUGCUGCUGCUUAUUCCAGCAUCUGGAGUCUAUUCAAUGGAGCGCGCCAGGCAUAUCGUCAGUGGGGCUCUGGUGAAGCGCAUUCUCCACCAUUCCAAAUCCCACACCCGCCAUUAUUCACAUCGUCACUCACCUCUGCAAAAACUCCUCCCUUCAGCCUACACCCAUAAACAGGGCCUUCCAACAAUCAUCUCUUGUACGCCAUGGCUGGGCUUCCAAUCCGGAGCGCGGUCGAUCUCUGUAGAGGCGUUGCAGAGCAGCGAUACCUUCGCUCGCCGCCACAACAGUGCAGCGCCGCCAGAGCAGGCCGCCAUGGCCUCUGUCUGUGGCUUCCCCAGCCUGGAUGCGCUGAUCGAUGCCACCGUCCCUAAGGCUAUUCGAACCGGCGCCCUCAAGCUAUCUCACUUCGAUGGUGGCCUCACAGAAUCCCAACUCAUUGCCCACAUGAAGUCCCUGGCCGCCAUGAACAAGCCCUUUAAGUCCUUCAUCGGUAUGGGUUACUAUGGUACCCAUGUCCCUGCUGUCAUCCUCCGUAAUAUAACGGAAAAUCCUGGCUGGUAUACUCAGUAUACUCCUUACCAGGCAGAAAUUGCGCAGGGUAGAUUGGAGUCCUUGUUAAAUUACCAGACCAUGAUUACAGAUCUCACAGGGCUCCCCAUGUCGAAUGCUUCUCUUUUAGAUGAGGGCACUGCUGCUGCUGAGGCUAUGGCGAUGUGUAAUAAUAUAACCAGAGGUAAGAAAAAGACUUUUCUUAUUGCCAGCAAUUGCCAUCCACAGACAUUUGAUGUGUGCCAAACAAGGGCAGGUGGGUUCGGCUUAAAUGUCGUUAAAUCUGAUCUGAAGGAUUUUGAUUAUAGUUCCAAGGAUGUUUGUGGGGUGCUUGUGCAGUACCCUGGGACAGAGGGUGAAGUUAUUGAUUACUCUGAUUUUGUAAAGAAUGCUCAUGCUAAUGGUGUGAAGGUUGUCAUGGCUACUGAUUUGUUGGCCCUCACAAUGCUGAAGCCUCCUGGGGAAUUUGGGGUGGAUAUUGUUGUUGGGUCUGCUCAGAGGUUUGGUGUUCCCAUGGGCUAUGGAGGGCCUCAUGCGGCUUUCUUGGCUACAUCUCAAGAGUACAAAAGAAUGAUGCCUGGGAGGAUUAUCGGAGUGAGUGUGGAUUCCCAUGGAAAGCCUGCGCUAAGGAUGGCAAUGCAGACAAGGGAGCAGCACAUCAGGCGAGAUAAGGCCACUAGCAACAUCUGCACGGCACAGGCAUUGCUUGCCAAUAUGUCUGCUAUGUAUGCAAUCUAUCAUGGUCCAGAAGGAUUGAAAAAAAUUGCAGAACGUGUACAUGGUUUGGCGGCAGCAUUUGUCACUGGAUUGAAGAAACUAGAUACUGUUAAUGUUGAGAAUGUUCCCUUCUUUGAUACUGUAAAGAUCAAAUGUUCAGAUGCCUUGGCCAUUUCAGAGGCGGCUCUUAAGAAUGAGAUCAAUCUGCGCGUCGUAGAUUCAAACACGAUUACUGUUUCCUUUGACGAGACAACAACCUUAGAGGACUUGGAUAUGCUUCUUAAAGUUUUUGCAGGGAAUAAAUCUGUAAACUUUACAGCAGAGUCCCUCGCUCCAGAGGUUCAAACUGCCAUUCCGGACCACCUUCUCAGAGAUAGUCCUUAUUUGACACAUCCAAUUUUUAACAUGUAUCACACAGAGCAUGAGCUGCUACGGUAUAUUCAUAGGUUACAAGCAAAAGAUCUCUCCUUGUGCCACAGUAUGAUACCAUUGGGAUCCUGUACAAUGAAAUUGAAUGCAACCGCGGAGAUGAUGCCCAUCACUUGGCCCAACUUUUCUGACAUUCAUCCUUUUGCACCUCUAAAUCAAGCUGCUGGUUAUCAGGAAAUGUUCAAUGUCUUGGGAAAACUUCUUUGUGAAAUUACCGGGUUUGAUUCUUUCUCUCUACAACCCAAUGCUGGUGCAGCAGGGGAGUAUGCUGGAUUGAUGGUCAUCCGUGCUUAUCAUCAAGCAAGGGGAGACGGGCAUCGGAAUGUCUGUAUCAUUCCUGUCUCUGCUCAUGGAACAAAUCCUGCAAGCGCUGCAAUGUGUGGCAUGAAAAUUGUUGCCGUUGGAACUGAUGCUAAAGGAAAUGUCAAUAUAGAGGAACUGAGGAAGGCUGCAGAGGAAAAUAAGGACAACCUUGCAGCACUUAUGGUUACUUAUCCUUCAACCCAUGGUGUGUAUGAGGAGGGUAUUGAUAAGAUAUGCCAAAUCAUUCAUGACAAUGGGGGUCAAGUUUACAUGGAUGGUGCAAACAUGAAUGCGCAGGUGGGAUUGACAAGCCCGGGUCGAAUUGGAGCUGAUGUAUGUCAUCUCAAUCUUCACAAGACAUUCUGCAUUCCACAUGGAGGUGGGGGUCCUGGUAUGGGGCCUAUAGGAGUAAAGAAGCAUUUGGCACCAUUUUUACCAUCACACCCUGUGGUACCAACAUGUGGAAUUCCUGCUCCCGAAGGAAAUCCACAACCACUUGGUACAAUAUCAGCUGCACCAUGGGGCUCAGCCAUGAUUCUGCCAAUAUCAUAUUCGUAUAUUGCAAUGAUGGGUUCACAGGGGCUUACUGAGGCAUCAAAGAUUGCCAUUCUGAAUGCAAACUAUAUGGCUAAGUGCCUAGAGGAUCACUAUCCUGUACUCUUCAGAGGAGAAAAUGGAACCUGUGCCCAUGAGUUCAUUAUUGAUUUGAGGCAUUUCAAGUUAUCUGCUGGAAUAGAACCAGAAGAUGUUGCCAAACGACUUAUGGACUAUGGAUUCCAUGCACCUACCAUGUCAUGGCCAGUGCCAGGGACAUUGAUGAUUGAACCAACAGAAAGUGAAAGCAAGGCAGAGCUGGAUAGGUUUUGUAACGCGCUCAUUUCAAUCAGAAAGGAGAUUAUGGAAAUUGAGAAUGGGAAAAUGGACCUAAACAACAAUGUUCUAAAAGGAGCACCUCAUCCUGCAUCAGCAGUGAUGGCAGAUGAAUGGAAGAAACCCUAUUCAAGGGAGCUUGCUGCAUUCCCUGCCUCAUGGGUUCGUGAAUCCAAGUUCUGGCCUUCAACAGGGCGCGUGGACAAUGUGUAUGGUGACCGCAAUCUCAUUUGCACACUUCUUCCAGCAGUCGAGGCAAUUGAGGAACACCAAUCAGUUGCUGCACAACUGUAAAAUGUGAUUGUACUGCUUGUAUUGAAUCCUCAGUCUGAAGGUGGAAGUAAUGAUGAGUUUUUUACAUUGGAUGUCUAGUGUUUUAAGUAAAAUGAGACUUGCAUUCUAUCCAGCUGUAAGUGGAUAUGAAGGCUAGGUUCAUCUUAGUCUUAGGCUUCUAGAGUGUCUGUGUCUGAAUUGUCUAUAUAUAAUCUGUACUCUUGCAUUUCUGAUAUUGUGUAUUCAAUACAACAUAAUUCAAUAAUUUUGUUCAACUGUGCCAGAGGUCUGAAUAGCUCAGCGAUACUUUUUUUAAAUGGAAAGAUUAAAAGGGGUGGGUCUGAUCAGUAGAAACAGAGAGGUUCACUGGGGACCUCCUGCCUCCCAUCUCUCCAGUUAUCGUUCAGAGCAAGCAACUUCAAUCAAAAUUAGAGUCUUUUUGAUUGUCUAAAAAAUGGAUAGACUUUGGAUUAGAGCCUACUGGGGAGCCACAAUGGCUGGUCCAUUUCUAUGGGUUCUGAUUGAUGUAAAGAGACUCACCAUGUAAAUCCAACAAACAAGUUGAUUUUAAGAUACCGAAUAUAUGACAAGCUAGACGAAUGCUAUACA